AGUCUUCGUGUGGACUCCAGCUUCCAGGAUGCGCCUCGUAGCGUUUUCGAGGCGACAGGAGACUAUCGCUUCCUCUCUCCCGGCCUUUGUGAGCCGGACUGGAGGGUGGAAGGAGUUGUGGUGGCGGCGGCGGGGCAGGAGGAGGGAAUGAGCGAGGAGGAGGCGGAGGAGCCUUGCGGGAGCGCGAGGAGCUGCGGCAGCUUCCCCAGUAUAGAGCAAAUGCUGGCGUCCAAUCCUGGCAAGACCCCUAUCAGCCUGCUACAAGAGUAUGGGACACGCAUAGGCAAAACACCUGUCUAUGACCUACUGAAAGCUGAAGGACAAGCACAUCAGCCCAACUUUACCUUUCGUGUCACAGUUGGUGACAUCAGCUGCACCGGCCAAGGACCCAGCAAAAAAGCUGCCAAACAUAAGGCAGCAGAAGUGGCACUCAGGCUUCUGAAGGGAGGAAACAUGUUUGAGCAGGCACCGUUGGAUGAAGCCAGCUCUCCUUUCUCUCUAGAGCCCUUGGCUCCGACCGCUGCUCCAGUCGCUGUGCCUGUACCCAUCCUCCCAGCAGCCUCUCCAAGAAGUUCCUCGAUGGACCUAAAAUCCCCAGUAUCCCCACAGCAAUGUGAGUGCAAUCCAGUUGGGGCCUUACAGGAGCUGGUGGUGCAGAAGGGCUGGCGACUCCCAGAAUACACAGUCACUCAGGAAUCUGGGCCAGCACACCGCAAGGAGUUCACCAUGACCUGUCGCGUUGAAAGGUUUAUUGAAAUAGGGAGUGGCACGUCCAAAAAACUAGCCAAACGCAACGCUGCAGCGAAGAUGCUGGUACGGAUCCAUAACGUUCCUCUGGAUCCACGAGAAGGCGGCGAGGCUGAAAUAGAGGAGGACCAGUUUUUUAUUAUUGCAGGAACCAAACUGGAUGGGAUGAAGGGUCGGGGAUCUGGUUGUACGUGGGAUUCUCUGCGCAACUCAGUGGGAGAAAAGAUUCUUCAUCUGAAAAGCCACCCAUUGGGAGUCCUCAAUACUGGGUUCUGUAGCCUCUUGGAGGAGCUCUCUGAAGAGCAGAGUUUUGAUAUCAGCUACCUCGAUAUUGAUGAGAUGAGCUUAAGCGGCCUCUACCAGUGCCUGGUGGAGCUCUCUACACAGCCAGCCACCGUAUGCCAUGGCUCAGCCGCUUCCCGCCAUGCUGCCCGUGCUGAUGCUGCCCGCAAUGCCCUUCAGUACCUCAAAAUCAUGGCUGGGGGCAAGUGAGACACCAUGUGACUGACGAUGCUGGGGAUAAACUGAGGAGGCCACUUUGUUUUCCUCUCACGAAUUGGCGUGGCAGGGAGAUUUGAUGGGGCUGCAAGAAGGGAGGUGGGUUGGAACAGGUUGGCUGAACUGGAAGACUUGGAAGAUGUUGGCUGAACUUGCAGUGAUUAUGAGGUUUACGGAGCCUUGUUUCCUGAGAUGUAAGGACAACCGAUGUGGAGGCUACGGUACUCCCGCCUCUUUGGCUCACUUGGGGUCACCCUGGUUGUUCUCCGGGGAUAAGCACUGACUGAUUCUAUCAUGUUUGGGAGUUGCAAUAAA